AUGGCAGCUGUGAGCUUCACGCUCUGUGAGGAGCAGUUCCUCUGCUCCAUCUGUCUGGAGGUCUUCACUGAUCCAGUCACAACAUCAUGUGGACACAGAUUCUGUUGCAUCUGCAUAAACCGACACUGGGACUGCAGUGUCCGCUGCAGCUGUCCAGUCUGUAAACAUGACUUCAGACCAAAACCACAGCUGAAGGUCCAGGAGAUCCAGCGCUCAGUGGAGCAGAGUCAGAGAAAGGCAGACGCAGAAAUACAAGAAGGUCUCAGAGUCUUCACCGCUUUGCUGGAGCGUGUUCAGCAAAGUGCAGACAGCUUCAAACAGAGCAUUGUAGAAAAGCAUCAGAAGGUGGAGGAGGAGGCGUCUCAGCUGAUAGAGCAGAUCCAGACAGAGAUCUCUGAGCUGGAGCAGAGAGGAGCUGAGAUGGAGCAGCUGUGGACCUCUGGAGACCACCUGUCCUUUGUCCAAACCUUCACUACAGCCAAACCUGCUCCACAGCUCAGCGACUGGAGCCAGAAGACUGUCAGGACCCCGUCGUACAAGGGGACAGGGGCCCAAGCUGUGUCUGAGCUGAGCGACAAACUGAACAUGGAGAUGGAGGCGUUCUUUGAAGUGGAAUUUGAAAAAGCACAAGAAUUUGCAGUUGAGGUUUCUCUAGAUCCAAAAACGGCACAUCCAGACUUGGUUCUGUCUAAAGAUCUCAAACAGGUCAAAGAAAAGACAUCCUGGGAAGUAGGAGUGGUUAAAGAGUCAGUGGAUCGCAAAGCAGAAGAAGACUCUCUGACUGUACAGAAAGGAUACUGGACACUCAACUUAGAUGAUGAUUACAAAACUUCAGACGACCCUCCUGUAAUUAUCUCUGUGAAGGGCCGUCCAAAGAAGGUUGGUGUGUUUGUGGAUUAUGAUGAAGGUCUGGUCUCCUUCUAUGAUGUGGAUAAAGAGUCUUUCCUUUAUUCUUUCACUGACUGUUGCUUCACUGAGAACAUUUUGCCGUUUUUCGAUCCACACGGCGACUCUGCCCCUAUGGUCCUGAAGCCUGUGAGGCAGUUGGUUCAGCAUUACAAAAAGUAA